UUGCGCGUGGCUCGAGCUCAAAUGUGCCACGACCUGUGAUGCAUGUAACCGAUGUAACUGCCAUCGAUUGCUUGCAAGUCGUGGUCGCUUGCCUGGUCAAUGUGGGCGUAUUCGUUCACGGGAAGGCGCAGCUUCUUCCGUGAGCGCCACCGCGUGCUCUUUUCGUUGUCCAGCAACGACAACGAUCGUCGCAACCUGACGAGUGCGCUGAGCCUCGGGGCGCACGGCAUCUUCAUCUCGUCGCCAGACGAUGCGUCCCAACUCGCUGCAGGUACACGAGGUGCUUGUUUUCCUGGUUGCUAACACGGCAAAGCGAAAACGGCACUGCGCGACCUCAUGGCCGACUCCCACGUAACCCGCGACGACAUUUGUAUUGUCUGUCAAUGUAGCUCGACGUGGUCAUCAAUGGAUGCGAUGGCGACCAAGUGCAAAGAUGUUGCGACGAAGCUCAACGUCGGUCGGCUCGACGUCGUGCUGUACUCUACCGCAUUGUUGCCUGUGCAAGGACUGGUUCGCACGUCGGCGCUGGUGGACGCGUGGACGGCAAUGGUAUCCCUUCGCACCGCCGGUCUAGCCGAUCACAUUGGCGUGUGCGACUUCCCCAUCCACGAGCUAGAAUUCCUGCUGCGACGGUUUCCGUCCUACCCCGUUGAAGUCCAAUGCGUCCACGACGUAACUCCGUUCUCGCCCCACGAGCACAUGGUGCAGUUCUGCCAUUCCAGGCAGAUCGACGUCAUCGCAUGCUUUUCGAUCCAAAUGGAGUCGUUGACGCAUGCACAGAAAACCAAAUGGAUGUCCCUCGUGUCAGACAUCACGACAGCGCAUCAGACCGUCUGGUUUCAACUGAACCUCCCGUUCGAGACCGUGCGCGUGGAGAACGCGACCGCACCGAUCAACCAGGCCAUCAAGAAUUGCAACGUGCGCUUAGAGUCGCGACGGACGCCGGAGGAAGUUUUGGUAUCAUGGCUCAACCAACGAGGCAUCAUUGCUGUCCCCACGGUCGAAGACGACGAGCCCUACGACACCAACGUGUGCCGCUCGCUCUUUUCCCUUUGCCACCCAUUCGUCAAGGAGCACGCGGCAGUCGCUCCCUCAAAGCCAUACCGUUUUGUCCUCUCCAAGCACGAGAUGGACGCGGUGGAAGCUUGUCGACAAAAUGUGGAUUCUCGAACGCGUCUUAUUGGAUAAAAACAAUAAAUGUUGUCCAAUUGAUCAAAACAUUGCUGAAACGAAGGCAUAUAAUUCGUCAAAUCCUGGUAUUUUAUUUUAUCCAA